GGCCGCGGCAGGCGAGCGGAGCGGUGCGUUUGUCCGGAGCUCGGCAGCGGCGCCUGAGGAGGCUGAAGCGGCGGCGGGCCCGGACGAGCACCCGGAGGUGGCGGACGAGGCGCCGGGGGCCCUCAUGGGCGGGUGUGUGGGCGCCCAGCACGACUCUUCGGGCAGCCUCAACGAGAACUCGGAGGGCACCGGAGUUGCUCUAGGUCGUAACCAGCCUUUGAAAAAAGAGAAACCAAAAUGGAAAAGCGAUUAUCCUAUGACAGAUGGACAACUGCGCAGCAAGAGGGAUGAAUUUUGGGACACCGCACCAGCUUUUGAGGGCCGUAAAGAGAUUUGGGAUGCCUUGAAGGCUGCUGCACAUGCUUUUGAGAGCAAUGAUCAUGAACUGGCACAAGCAAUCAUUGAUGGUGCAAACAUAACAUUACCACAUGGUGCACUUACAGAGUGCUACGACGAACUGGGAAACAGAUAUCAGCUUCCAGUCUAUUGCUUGGCACCACCAAUCAACAUGAUAGAGGAAAAGAGUGACAUAGAGACUCUGGAUAUUCCUGAGCCACCACCCAAUUCUGGGUAUGAAUGUCAGCUACGUUUGCGUCUUUCUACAGGCAAAGACCUCAAACUUGUGGUCCGCAGUACAGACACAGUAUUCCACAUGAAGAGACGGUUACAUGCAACAGAAGGAGUGGAACCAAGUAGUCAGCGGUGGUUCUUCUCUGGCAGACCUCUCACCGACAAAAUGAAGUUGGAAGAGCUGAAGAUCCCAAAGGACUAUGUUGUACAGGUUAUAGUGAGCCAACCUUUGCAAAACCCAACACCAGUUGAGAACUGAACUGGUCCUAUUGGCUGGUUUCCAGAUCUCUCCACUCCUUUUUAUUGUUGUCAUUUCCUACUCUAUGGCGUGAAAUUUAUUUUCACUGCUCUGAAUUCCCUAUGAAUGGAUUUAGUUCUGAGGAAUUACCAGUGAAAAAUUCCAUCUGUGAUGGAGACCAACAAAAAUAAUAAAACACAAAAAGCCAGCCUUUGAGACUCAUGUAAUUAUAAUUUCUAAUUUGAGAGGCAGUUAAGAAAUAGAUAACCAUUUAUUUUGAAACACUUAACAACUAUGUAAUGGCUAUAUUUAAAUGAUUUGGACUGUAAAUGGAACAUUGCAUCCGUGAAGAACAGCACCAAGCACCUUUUGAAUGCAGAAUUUUUUGAAAAAUAUAUCAAAUUAUAUAAUUUCCA